UUCCACCGUCGACGGGAUCCACAGUUACGGUUUGUUCUGCCUCUUUAACCGUCGAGUUGAGUAAGAAAGUCAACUUAUUCCAAUCUGACGUCAGGAUCUAUUGUGUUUCUUUAUCGUCAACCCUCCUAGAGAAGAACGGUGCACAUUGUAGAUUCACGUGCUUGGCUCCAUAACCAAUCCAAUCACCCUCUUUGGAUCAAGCGGCCCAGGUGAGAUAUCCCCACAAAUUCAAGUAUUCAACUCUCUUAAUAGUCUUAUUACUCAUUUUGUUCUUUCCCUUUUUACGCCUCUCACUCUCUUUCCCCCCCUUUCUGCUUCUUCUUCUUCUUCUUCCCGCUCUGUACCAACUACCAACCAAGUCCCGACUCCCUCGUUUAGCUUUGCUUCAAGCUUCAAGGAAGAAGAAAAAGAACAAGUAUUGUCCUCCCUCCCUCUCUCUCUCUCUCUCUGUACCAAAACCAAAAACGCCACUCCUUUUUUCCUUUCCAACCACGCAUCUCACGCGGCGAUACACCUAACCUUUCCCUCUUUCCCCUCUUCCUCCAACGAUGGGAUAUGUAUUGAACACCUGAGAGUUACUGAGCAGAAUCCAGAUCAUCCCGGUGCUCAGCCGGGCUCCGGUCCAAAUGCAUCCCGCCACCGAUUCAGCGCGGUCGCAGUCACCAACCCAAGUUCUGGAACUCAUCAAUCAACUCCUUCCUCUCCUUCUAUUCUCUUCUCUCACCGUCAAGGCCUUUGUUGGACGAUGGCAGGUUAUUCGCAACAAGCUUACCUCUCUUCGUUCCUCCGUUUCUGAUAUCUCCGAUUGCCCCCACUGGUCGGAGAAUCCACUCCUCCAUGACCUCCUCCCUAACCUUCUCUCCACCCUCCACAAGACAAAGUCCCUCUCCGACCUCUGUCACAACCCUUCGUCCUACACCGGCGGAAAGCUUCUCUUGCAGAGCGACCUCGACAUGGCCUCCGCAUCCCUUUCUUCCGACCUCCACGACCUUGACUUGCUCCUCAAAUCCGGCGUCCUCCGCCAAUCCAAUGCCAUCGUCCUCUCCCAACCUGGUCCCGGCUCCGGCAAAGAGGAGCUAGGUUUUUUUAUCCGCGACCUUUUCGCUCGCUUGCAGAUCGGGGGCAUUGAGUUCAAGAAGAAGGCCCUGGAUUCGCUGCUCCAGCUUCUCAGAGAAGACGACAAGGCUGCUGUUCUGGUCCCAAAAGAGGGCGAUGUUGGUUGCUUGGUCCAUUUGCUCGACUCCAGCAAUCCAUCUCCCGCAGUUCGAGAGCAAGCGGCGCUGGCUGUUUCUCUCCUUGCCACCGCCAGCGACUCAUCUAGGAAUUGCGUCUUCGAAGAAGGGGGUUUGGGCCCUCUGCUUCGUCUUCUCGAGACGGGAUCUUCGGGUUUGAAAGAGAAGGCCGCCAUGGCAGUCGAGGCAAUCACCGCCGACCCGGAAAACGCAUGGGCCAUCUCUGCAUACGGUGGCGUCCCUGUGUUGGUGGAGGCGUGUCGAUCGGGAUCGCCUAUCACGCAGACGCACGCGGCCGGUGCGAUAAAGAAUGUUGCCACCGUCGAAGAUAUUAGGUUGGCGCUGGCGGAGGAAGGGGUGGUGCCGGUUCUGGUCCAGUUAUUGGUUUCAGGUACCGGCUCCGCCCAAGAGAAAGCGGCUAAUUGCCUUUGGAUCCUGGCCUCAUCGAGCGAGGAUUUUAGGGUUUCCAUACAAGAGGAAGGAGGACUACAGAGGCUUCUUCAGCUGUUACAGGAAUCAUCGAGUCCGGAUACAACAGAGCAAGUCCUACGGGCGAUUUACGCACUCUCGGCUUCGGCUACAACUGCAAGGAUCCUAUCAUCCUCUUCCCCAUUCCUGAUGCAGCUCUCCGAGCUGAUUAAGGACGGAAACCUAAUGAUCCAGCAGGUAUCAGCAUCUCUACUCGUUAACCUAUCAAUAAGCGAUGGAAGCAAGAGGGCCAUGGCAGGGUGCAUGGGUUCACUAGUAAAAAUGGUGGAGUCUUCGAAGCCGGCAGGGUUACAGGAUGUGGCAGCACAAGCACUUAUCUCUCUGUUAACUGUUCGAUCCAAUCGGAAGGAUCUGGCGAGGGACGAGAAGAGUAUGCUGAGGUUGGUUCAGAUGUUGGAUCCUCAGAACGAAUUGGUCUGCAAGAAACUUCCGUUGUCGGUGAUAUCAGCGAUCUUGCCCGGAAGCGGCAAGGCAAGCCGGAAGAGGAUUGCGGCGGCGGGAGCUUUCCCUCAUUUGCAGCAGCUCGCCGACAAUGAUGUCGCCGGCGCAAAAAAGGCGUUGCAGAGACUUUCCGGCAACCGACUCAAGAAUAUCUUCGCCAGGACUUGGAGGGAAUAACAAACAAAGAUACUAACCCACAAAGGGACUCGUUUGGAGGGGAUUUCUAACCGUCGAGAAAUCUACUGUUCCAAGACAAGAAAGUGAGAAACAAAAACACAUUUUCGAAUACUCCAAGAUUUUUAACAUUAUUUUAUUAUCUUCUAGGAAACAAAAACUCCAAAAAAAAAAAAAAAGGAAGAAAAAGAGAGAAUGUCUCCAGUCUUUUUUCAUAGGGAGAAGAGAAAUAAGGGUUUCUAGUAAUUCUAAAUUAGUGUUUUCUCUAUGGUAUAUAAAGUGACAAGAUAGAAGCAUGGAUGCGGUUUUUUAAGGAGUAUCCUCUUUCUUAACUUCAAUAUAUAUAUAUAGAUAUAGAAUUUUUUUUUUAUAACAAAUGUAUUUUUUUCUGAUUAUUGUUUGACUUGUGAGAGAACUUCUUUUUUUUAUUUUAUUUUAUUUUAAUUUAAUGGUUGUUUGAUAA